AGAUGAUUUUCUUAUGCGUUGUGCAAAAGCUGUCAUUAUAAAUGACCAAUUAUUCGAAUGCGUCGAUUGGUCAAUUUUUUUCAUCCAGCAUCGUAGAAACAAGCCUUAACAUAAAUACAAACCUAUUUCCCAACCUCAAAACUUGUCAUUUUUAACAAACAAGGUAUUGUUUUGCACAUAACGUAAAAAUAAAUAUUUUUUUAUCAGGAUUUCAAGUGACGACUGUCUAUUUAAUAUUAAUCUAAAAAUGCUUUCGUCAAAUUAUCGCGAUAAAGACAUGAUUUGGAAAAGUAUCAAAGUAAAUGACAAAGUACAUAUGAUUUGUUUUGCAAAAGAGAACGAAUCGUGGAAAGUUCUCUUGACAGAUCUCGCAGAAAUUUGGACGGAAACUUUGACAGAUGAAACUAUGUUUCACAAAUGUCAGACUCUGAAUCCUCUCUUAAACUUUCAAGCUUUGGAUUGGAAGAAACAAAUAAUGGAUAUGUUGAACAACAUUCCUGAAAAUAAAACUACAUGUAGUUUAACAGAUACUGCGUAUCGGAUAGAGCUAGUGUACCCUAUUAAACUGCAAAAAAAUUUCGCAAAAUUAAAGUUUGUAUUAGAUCUUCUCAAAGGAACAUCACAGCAAUUUUGGGAAGCUGUAACUAUGCCUCUUUGCUUGUCGUCAAUGGAAUUAAAUCAACGGUAUGAGAUACUGUUAGAUUUGGUAAAACAGAAGGAUGAAGAAAUUGCAGAAUAUAAAGCGGGAGGAGCUGAGUUGAUUAGAGAGCAUAUUGCUACAAAGCCAUUCAGUGAACAAUUAUUUCAUACUAAGGCUGCUGCACCAGCUGAUUUUAUAAAAGCCUUUCAAUCUGUACUUGGUUUUUACAAUGCAAUGAGCUUGCCAAAGCAAGAAAAAUCAGAGUCCGAAAUAUCUUUGAACAGCGCAGUAUACGACAAUAGCUAUGAUGAUACGGUAAAGACCGAUAGAAACGUCACUUCCACAUCAUCUAAGAGCAAAUGCACACAACAGGAUAAACAAAUGUGCUCGAAAGUCGAAAAGAAAUGCGAGACAGGUUUAUCUACCAGCAAAACAUCGAUUCUGAAAUCGAGCAGUAUUUCUCACAUGAUACAGAAAACUAAGAAGACCAGAAAAACCUUCAGCGACUGGCAGAGAGCGGAAAAGAUUCCCAGCGGACUGGUGGGAAUUGUCGGUCACAACUGUCUCGGUCUGGAUCUCUCCUACAACGAAUUAAUCUCCGUUUCCGGUGUGAGAGAUUUCGAACACCUUGAAGAACUAAUCUUGGACAAUAACAAACUCAGCGACCUCAAAACACUCCCACAUCUGCCGACUCUGACCACUUUGAGUUUGAAUAACAAUAAGAUAUCCAACAUCGACAAAGCCCUCGACAGAAUACGAGAAUGUUGCCCAAACAUACAAUAUGUGAGUCUUCUUGGCAAUCCCGGCUGUCCGGAUCAGCUGAGCAAUCCGACAAUCACUGACGACGACGAUUACGAGCGCUACAGACUUUACGCGAUUCACAUCUUACCUUCGAGUCUUCGUUUCUUGGAUUCCCGGAAAGUCACUCGAGAAGAAAGACUCAACGCUAAAGCUCGCGGCAGAUAUUCCAAAACAGUCAAACUUGUCCCAGAACUACUUUGCAAGUUUAUACCCAGCUCGAAUCAAACCGGCAGCGACGAAUUUGACGACAUAUAUUUCAACAUCCAUUACACACCGUUGCCGAAUUCGAUGCGCAGUCCUCAAGAUCACAAAGGUGUAUACGGCAAAUGCAAGUAUCGUUACUCCGGCAAAAACUCGGAAGGCAACCGAUUCAUUCGCAAUAACGAUCUUUAGUCAAGGAUUACGUGUUAACGUGGCUUACACACAAAUAAAACGUAUGAUUUUUCUAGUCAGAUAAUCGGAAAAUUUUCAUGUCAUUAACAUUUUUUUUACUUGAAUUUUAUAUAGUGCGCAAUUAAUAGUCCAGACUAUGAUCCAGACAUCACAUGUUUCUAAAAAACGACUAAAAAGCGACUUAAAAAUGUCUGAUUCUCUUUUAGAUAUCCUUUAAGAGAAGAGAUGCUUUUUGGUUUUUUUUUUGUGCUGUUUGGGAAUAUCGACUUACAACGGUGAAAAUAAUACUUGAUUAUUAUCACAAUAAUUAUUGCUAAAACAUGUGUAUGUACGGUUGUAAUUAAUUAGUUUGUACGCAUAAUGACUUUACUUCCACAUGUACUUUCUUGGAAUUUUGCUUUGAUCUUUUAAAGACGUUAAUAUUUUUAUACAGUGAAUAAAUUAUAAGAGACGUGCAAAUAAAUGUAUAAAACUUUUAUUAUCAUGUACACCGACGAGCGACACAUAUAAAUAGGAUCUGAAUCUCUAAAUUUUAACAUUACACUUCGUAACAUUAAGUGCUAACUGGACUCUCUAACAUAUACAUAAAGUAACUGGGAGACUUUAUCGAGAUAUAUAGAAAACGCCAACGACUUAUUGUGUAAAAAAUCUUCGACUUUCUAUUCCGCUAUUGGUCCGUAAAAUCGCACGAUGUAUUAUUAUCGCAACAACACUAAAUUUAAGUAUUUUGAGAAUGUAAAUUAUAUAUAUGUAUAAUAUAGAUGUAUUUCAGAA